AUGGAUCUUAUGAAUAAAGUGUUUCGACUGUAUUUAGACAAGUUCGUUGUUGUAUUCAUUGACGACAUACUUAUCUAUUCAAAGACGAUUGAUGCUCAUGCAAGACAUUUACAGAUUAUAUUGGAAACCUUGAGAGAACAUCAAUUAUAUGCUAAGUUGAGCAAGUGUGAAUUAUGGCUAGAACAAGUGGCAUUUUUAAGACAUGUAAUCUCCGCUCAAGGAGUAACGGUUGACAAUGCAACAAUGAAGGCUAUGGAACGAUGGGAAACCUCGAAGAAUCCUACGGAGGUUAGGAGUUUCUUGGGAUUAGCUGUAUAUUAUCGAAGAUUGACUAACUCACUGGUUUUGAUACUUUCAAAUGAACAAGAGGAUUAUGAUAUGUAUAGUGACGCUUCGAAGAGAGGACUAGAUUUAGAGACACUACCUUUAUGGUGUCUGAUUUCGAGUUUCAUUGAUCAUAAGAGUUUGAAGUAUUUAUUAGAUCAAAGAGAGCUGAAUUUGAGGCAACGUAGGUGGCUGGAAAUGUUGAAGGAUUAUGAUACUAUUGAGUCUCACCCUAGGAAGGCCAAUGUAGUGGCUGACGCUUUGAGUAGGAAGUCAGAGUUAGAACCAAGAAAGAAGAGAUAUGGAGUAACGAGUACUAAACUUGAAAUAGAACUAUUGAAGACCGGGAUUUAG